AUGUGUGAUAACGGAGAUCUCAACAAUAACCAUACCGGAAAGGGGCUCCUCGUCAUUCAUGUCGCCCUCUUCCGCAUGGCAACACGGUCACUGGCAGAAGCAUAUAGAAUCCUAGGCUACAAGACUCACCACGGGGUAGAGGAUAUUCUAGGAAAUCCGUGGGACGAAAUAGAACAGGCUGCAGAAGCGACAUGGCCAACUGUGCCUAAUGCGCGCCCUAGGUCACGAUUCACGCGAAGUGACUGGGAUAAUCUUUGGGGUAACAAGUACGACAUAGUCACCGAUUUAGCCUGCCCGUUCACCGAUCAGCUUAUCCAGGCUUACCCGGAUGCAAAAGUUGUCAUUGUUCAGCGAGACUUUGAUAGUUGGUGGAACAGUUACCAAGCAGGUGUAUUGGACAAGUUGUUCUCCCCAGGGCAGCAGAUUUUCGUUUUCCUCAUCAGGACUGUGAUCGGAUCGCGAGCCGCCGAGGCCAUGCUCAAGGUGAAUUACGGAUUCUUUAAGGCUACAAGUAUAUCUGAAAUCCGAGAGCAUGCCCGCGAAGUCUAUGACGAAUAUUACCGGCAGACGAGGGCAACAAUACCAGAAGCGAAGCGAUUGGAGUACACCAUGGGAGAUGGAUGGGAACCUCUGUGCGCGUUCUUGGGCAAAAAUGUCCCAGAUAUCCCGUUCCCACGCUUAAAUGAUAGCAAAUCGCGCAGCGAGAGCCAAAGAAAGGGUGAGAUUAUAGUGCUGUUAAACUCGGCUAAAAUAGUCACGUUAUUGGGUCUUGGUGUUGUCAUCAUUGCGGCAUCCCUACGGUACUUUGCGUAG